AUGGCAGACAACGGAGACGACCAGGUUCCGCUGCUCGAGAGGGUAGAGAUGCCCGCCAGGCAGCUCCCCAAGGAACUCGAGCGCGAUAUGACCUUGCUACAGGAUGAGAUUGCAGACGCACAAGUCGAACACAUGCGUGUGGGCGUAAACAUUAUGCGCCCUGUCUACGCCAAACGCAACGAGUUGAUCGCAUCCAAGCUGCAGGAACAUGGCUUUUGGCCUCGCGUCUUCUCUAACCUCCCCGCUGAGGUGGACGAGUUCAUCCUUCCCUCCGACUCUGAGAUCUUCAACUCCUGUCUGAAGAACCUGAACAUCGAGCGCAUCGGCAUCGACGAGAAGGGUGAAGGAGAGCCACGAUCUCUGCGAUUCACCUUCGAAUUCGACACUGGUGACGCCAAUGUGUGGUUCGAGAAUGCCAAGCUUGUCAAGGACUUCCAUUGGCGCAGGGAGCUCAAGAUCACUGCCGCUGGAAAACGUCGUGUCUGGGAAGGCUUGGUGUCUGAACCCGUGCGCAUCCAGUGGAAAAAAGACAUGGACCCCACCCAUGGUCUCUUGGAUGCUGCGUGCGACCUGGCAGAUGCCGAGAAGGCUUUCCUCAAGAAGCAGAAGAAGGAAAAAAUCAGCGAGGAUGAGCGCAUGAACCUGCCCGAGUUCGAGAAGCUGGUCGAACUUGCAGCCAAGGUAGAGGCCGAUGCUGCUCCCGAUAACGAAGGAGAGGAAGACGGCGACGAAGAUGGCACUAGCCCUGCUGGGUUGAGCUUCUUCGCCUGGUUCGGAUACCGUGGCGCUGAUGUUUCUGAGAAGGAGUCUCAGGCCGCCAGGAAGGAGGACCAGGAGACCACGGAGAAGAUGCGCAAGGGCGAGAAGGUCCCAGGAGACGACGAUGACGACGAUGACGAGGAAGAAGACGAAGAGGACUCUUUAGCCAUUGCUGAGAUCUUCGCUGACGGUCAAAAUGUUGCCAUUGCGUUUAGUGAAGAGGUCUGGCCCGAAGCUCUUCAGUGCUAUGUUGACUCGUACAUGGUCCCCAAUGACUUUGAAGAUUUCGAGGAUCUCGAUGUCGAGGAGAUGGAAGCUCUUGUUGCUGGGGAUGAAGACGAAGACGAAGAGGAAGAAAAGGAAGAGAGGCCUCGCAAGAAGGCUAAGAAGGCCUAA